CUUUGACAGUAGAUAAAUAAAAAUACUUUUUACUCGUGUAAAUCCAAUAAUCGUUCAAAUACUUUAAUUUAUGAACUAAAAUGGUUUUAAUGAAUAGAAUGUAUCAUGUUCUAUUUACUAUAGCGACAGUUUUAUCAGUUGCGUUCAGCAUUGAGAUACCUGAAGAAUUCCAGAAGUCUAACCACUCGAACAAUUGGGCUGUAUUGGUAGACACAUCUAGGUUUUGGUUUAAUUACCGACAUGUAGCGAAUGUGUUAUCUAUUUACCGUAGCGUGAAGCGGCUGGGGAUUCCGGACAGUCAGAUAAUUCUGAUGAUAUCCGACGAUAUGGCUUGUAAUCCUCGAAAUCCCCGCCCUGCUACAAUAUUCAAUAACGCUCAUGAACAAAUUAAUGUGUAUGGAGAUGAUGUUGAAGUUGAUUACAGGGGUUAUGAGGUGUCAGUGGAGAAUUUUGUCCGUCUACUUACCGGUAGAGUGCCACCUGACACUCCACGCUCCAAAAGGCUACUUACAGAUGAAGGAAGCAAUAUAUUGAUCUACCUCACUGGACAUGGAGGGGAUGGCUUCCUGAAGUUUCAAGAUUCAGAGGAAAUCACUAGCCAAGAGUUAGCUGAUGCUUUAGAACAAAUGUGGGAGAAGAGAAGGUACAAUGAAAUAUUUUUCAUCAUUGACACUUGCCAAGCCUCAUCUAUGUAUGAGAAAUUUUACUCUCCAAACAUACUGGCUACUGCUUCAAGUUUAGUGGGCGAAGAUUCCCUUUCUCACCAUGUGGAUUCGGCUAUUGGAGUAUACAUCAUAGAUAGGUACACUUAUUACGUGUUACAGUUUUUGGAAAAUGUCCAUCCUAAUAGCAAAAGGACUAUGUCCGAAUUCUUGGCUGUAUGCCCAAAAAGCGCAUGUCUGUCGACUGUCGGAGUAAGGCGUGACUUGUUCAAACGUGACCCUGAUAAGGUGCCUAUCACUGACUUCUUUGGAUCUGUUCGACCUGUGAUCAUCACUACAGAUCCCAUUGAUAUAUUGGAUACUCCUAAAAGAAAGAAAAAGCCUGAGAACAAAACCAAAUCGCCUGUGAAACGGGAAUAUCUACCACAAUUUCCAAUGCAUCUAGUCCCAAAUACGAAAACUGGCUAGUUAAGACAG